AUGCUCGUCGGCGCUCGGCGCGCAUGGUUCAGCUCCGACGACGUCGACCGUGCAACGAAGGCCAUGAUUGCAGACUUUUGGUCGACGCACGACGCUACGAGCACAGACGUGGCGCUCAUCGCCAAGGUGCUCGCGUCGCCCUCGCACACGACUGCGCUUGCACAGCUUCGCGUCGCCUCGCAAUCCAAUACGCUCUGGGACGACGCCGCCAACGCUGCGAAGCUCCUGCAGCAGCUCAGUGUUCUCGAGAAGCGCGACGCAAUGGCCGACCAGCUACAACAGACGCUCGACGAGACCAAGGAGCUCUUUGAUCUGGCGCUGGAGGAAAACGAAGAGGACGUUGUUGCGGGCUGCGUUGCGUCCGUGGCGACGGCGUCGAUGUCGGCCAAGAAGCUCCGCGCCGAGCUCCUCAUGUCCGAGCCCGCCGACCCGUCGUCGUGCUUUCUCGAAAUCCACGCUGGAGCCGGCGGUACCGAGAGCUGCGACUGGGUCGACAUGUUGCUGCGCAUGUACAUGCGUUGGGGUACCGACCAAGGGUUUGCAACCGAACUCGUGAAUGCAGUGCCCGGCGACGAAGCAGGAUACCGGUCCGUGUGCUUGCGACUCGACGGUAGCUACGCGUACGGCUGGACGCGCACCGAAGCCGGCGUCCAUCGGCUCGUUCGCAUUUCGCCCUUCGACAGCGCGUCGCGACGUCACACGUCGUUUGCGCAAGUCCGCGUCUUUCCGCUGGCGGCGGCGAUCCCAGGUGCGAGUGAUAUUCGCAUUGAUGUCAAAGACCUGCGCAUCGACACGUACCGCGCGUCGGGACCGGGUGGCCAACACGUCAACAAGACGGAGAGCGCGAUUCGGAUCACGCACUUGCCGACAAACAUCGUUGUGCAGUGUCAAUCGGACCGGUCGCAACACCGCAACAAGGACACGGCGAUGGAAAUGCUACGCGCGCGUCUUCUGCAGCUCGAGCUCAUCGACCAGGAAAACGAGCGGCGCAAGUAUACGCAAGGCCUUGGUGACAACGGCUGGGGCAGCCAAAUUCGCUCGUAUGUGCUGCACCCGUACAAGAUGGUCAAGGACCAUCGCACCAACGUCUCCAAGUCGAAUACGUCGGCGGUGCUCGACGGCGACAUCACCCCAUUUAUCCAAGAAGCCCUCUUAGCUACGGCAGCCUGCGUCGAGUAACCUCUCUAACCCCUCUAACCUCUCUAACCUCUCGGUUCGAGUACCAAUGUCAAUAUACAGAAGC